CGCGGGGUUUGAUGGGAAGGUGUUGGCUCGGCCCGGGGCUCUGUCAGUGGCGGCCGCUGCGUGCUGGAGAGGCAGGCUGCGUACGCGGUGGCGGCCGAGGCUGGCAGGGGUGGACGCCGGGGCUGGGCUGCACCCGCUUCUCGCAGCUGUGAUUUCUUUUGGACAGUUGGUGAUAUUUGCCAUUGUGCCCAAUUUCUAUGAGUAAAAGAUGGGUGGAUUAUUUUCUCGAUGGAGGACAAAACCUUCAACUGUAGAAGUGCUAGAAAGUAUAGAUAAGGAAAUUCAAGCAUUGGAAGAAUUUAGGGAAAAAAAUCAGAGAUUACAAAAAUUAUGGGUUGGAAGAUUAAUUCUUUAUUCUUCAGUUCUCUAUCUGUUUACAUGCUUAAUUGUGUACUUGUGGUAUCUUCCUGAUGAAUUUACAGCAAGACUUGCCAUGACACUCCCAUUUUUUGCAUUUCCAUUGAUCAUCUGGAGCAUAAGAACAGUCCUUAUUUUCUUCUUUUCCAAGAGAACAGAGAGAAAUAAUGAAGCAUUGGAUGAUUUAAAAUCCCAGAAGAAAAAAAUACUUGAAGAAGUCAUGGAAAAAGAAACUUAUAAGACGGCUAAAUUAAUUCUUGAAAGGUUUGAUCCAGACUCAAAGAAAGCAAAGGAAUUUGAGCCGCCAUCUGCUGGAGCAUCUGUAACUGCAAGACCUGGACAAGAGAUUCGUCAGCGAACUACAGCUCAAAGAAACCUAUCUCCAGCACCACCAGCCUCUAACCAGGGCCCUUCUCCACCAGUUGCAGUAUCUCCUGCACCACCAAAAGAUACUUCAGCCCCUGGUGGACCCCCAGAAAGAACUGUUACUUCAGCUGUACCGUCAAAUGUGUUACCAAGACGCCUUGGAUCCCCUGCUACUUCUGUGCCUGGAAUGGGUCUUCAUCCUCCAGGUCCACCUUUAGCAAGACCCAUUCUCCCCCGAGAACGAGGUGCUCUGGAUAGAAUUGUUGAAUAUUUAGUUGGUGAUGGUCCACAGAACAGGUAUGCCCUUAUAUGUCAGCAGUGUUUUUCUCAUAAUGGCAUGGCUUUGAAGGAAGAAUUUGAAUACAUUGCUUUUCGGUGUGCCUACUGUUUUUUCUUGAACCCUGCAAGAAAAACCAGACCCCAGGCUCCAAGACUUCCAGAGUUUAGUUUUGAGAAGAGGCAGGUAGUGGAAGAGUCAAGUUCGGUUGGUCCCUUGCCAUCAGGAAGUACGCUUCCAUCAGAGAACCAAUUCAGUGAAGAAUCUUUAGAAGAACAAGAUGUUCUUGAUACUAGUACAGAGCAAGCAGACGAAGAAAUAUUAACUACAGAGCAGAUAAACGAAGUGAUUGAAAAAGCAUCUGGCUCAGAGGAACCAGAGGAGAAACAAGAAGAGACCGAAAAUGAGGAAACAAUGAAUGAAUCCAAAUCAACAGUUGCCAGAGCAGAUUCUAUACCUAAUCCUGAAUUGAGUGGAGAAUCUUUUAUGACAAAGUAGUAAAUGCUUCUGCGUGCCUUCAACUGGAUAUGCAUAGUCUUGUUGAUGUCAGUUACUGGUUUUUAGAUGGUACUUUAAUCUUUUUUUGCCCCUCUGAGUAUAUGCUUGAUGUAAUUCAAAUUCAGAUUGCCUAGCUAUUUCAAUAUAUCAACAUUGUAUCUGCUAGGUAUUAAUUAAAAGCACGUGAUAUCAGUAAAGGGAGAUUGUUUUGAAUGUACAAAGACUCACACUAGACAGCUUUUAAAUUUUUUUUGUCCAUUCUAAAAGUAAGCAAACAUGAUAGUAUUCUUGUUUUCUAUAUAUGUAACAUAAAUAAUAUUCAUUUUGACAUAGGAAGAACUUUGGUUAGGAAUAAGUUCUCUAAUAGUGUUUUUUAAGGAAAUGAAACACACUUAAAAUUUGGAAUAUGUUGUUAAAAAUGGAUAGAAUUUUAACUCUUGAGAUAUUGCCAGUAGGGGGGAAAUGUCUAUUUAGUUGUUUACAUUAAGGGAUAUGAAAGUUGUAACUGUAACUAUAUAGGCAUUGGUACGAAUUCUCAAUAGGAAUGCAAUUGAACAGUCAAGUGCAGUGUUUCUUUUUGGUGUCUUUUAUUUUGCAGCUGGGCCAAAGGCACAUGAUGUAUAUAAUUAGUUUAUGUUUACAUAUUAACAUAUAGGAAAUACUCCUGCACUUGACUGUACUUGAAUUCUGAGCAUUAUUUAUACUUGUAAAAUAAUGAUGAUAUAUAAGUGAAUUUUGUGUUCUUGUGUGUAUUUUGUUAAGGAAAAUAAAGAUUAUCUGGCAGCAA